AUGGAGGAGUUGAAGCAGCAGCUUGAGAUGAAGGACCAGGAUCUGCAGCGGGAGCGCAGGGAGAAGUCUGACCUGGUCACCACCCUCCAGGACGAGCGCGAGACCUCCAUGCGGGUGCAGGCAAACAUGGACCUCCUCUGCACCCAGCAGGCCACGCUGAUAGACCAGCUGGCCAAGGCCAAGGGCUCCCUUGUAAAGGUCGACAAGCGCCGCUCUGAUAUCGAGGAUGUCAUUGUGCAGCAGAAUGACAAGUGCAAAGAGGCAGAGCGCAACAUCCACAGGCUCAUGGCAUCCAAAAGGCAAUUGGAGGCGGACCUGUUUAAGGAGAGCGAGCGGGCCGCUGGCCUGACGGACGAGCUGCAGCGCGCGAAGCAUGAGCUGGUGGAUGCGGCAGAGAGCACUGCCUCUGCUGAAGUGGCGCGCCUGCAGGAGCACAUCAACCAGCUGAUGUCUCAACUGACAGCUGCCUCCGAGGAGGUGUCCAACCAGACCGCUCGCGCAGUGGGCCUGGAAGCAGCACUGCGGGACGACAGGGAUGCGGCUGCGCAGCGUGAGGCGGCUGUGGUCAAAGAGAGGGAUGACGCCGUGUCCAACGGCUGCCAGCUGCAGAAGGCGCUCGAGUUGAUGCGGACGGAAGCCAAGCAGGCAGCCGACGCCGCCAAGGCCGCUGCGGACGAGGCCGAGCAGGUGCUGCAGGGCGUACGCGACACCGCGGCCUGCGACGCCAAGGCCCUGACCGAGGAGCUGCAGGUCAAGCUUGACAGUGCGCAGCGGGAAGCCGAGACGGCGCGCGCUGCUGCGCAGGAGGUGCAGACGGCGCUGGACGAGUGUCAAAUUGCCCUGCAGCAGGAGAGCACGGCCAAGGAGGGCCUGGAGCAGCACCUGAUUGAGCUACGCGAGGAGGCAGAGGCAGCCGCUGCGCGUGCCGCCGUCGAGAAGACGUCAGCUGACAAGCAGCUGGCCUCCACGUGCCAGGACCUUGAAGAGGCGCGGGCCCAGCUCGCCAUUGCGCUUGACGCCAACGAGUCCGCGGUGCAGCGUGCAACCGAGGAGGCCAACAGCCGCGCGGCGCUGGAACUCCAACACUACCAGAAACAGAACGCCGCGGCCUACGACAGGUCUGAGAAGGAGAAGAAGGAGGCCGUGCGCGCCAAGGCCGAGCUAGAGUCCAAGGUGCAGUCUCUGGAGGAGGAGCGCGACACACUCAAGACCCGGCUGGCAGACGCCAGCAAGGCUCGCAGCAGUACAGACACCCUGGUCAAGGACCUGCGGGCCACAAUGGCCACCCAAGAGGCGGCUCUGGCUGCAGCACGCGCAGCGGCAGACGGCGUAGCCAAGGAGGCCAAGGAGACGGCAAAGAGGUGUGAGGAGGAGCACAAGGAGCGGCUGGCCGCCGCCAAGCGCGACGCAUCGUUGGAGCGCGACGCCGCGUUGGCGCGCCUCAGGGGCGAGCUGGGCUCCGGAUCUGAGGCGCUGCAGGCGAUGCUGGCCGAGGCGCGCGCGGGGGCGGCUAAGGCGGCGGAGGAGGCGCAGGAGCAGCGGCGCCAGCUGGAGAGUGCAAUGGCGGGGCUGCGCCAGCAGCUGGAGGACGUGGACCGCGACCUGUCCACGGCACGAGCGGCGGGCCAGCAGGCGUGUUGCGACUUCGCAGCCAAGGAGAAGCAGCUCAUCGCCUCGGCAGCUGAGUGCGACCGCCUGCGAGCGUCACUCGCCGACAAAGCAUCCGCGGCGGAGGCGUCGGCAGCUGAGCAGAAGCAGGCCUGGGCGGCGGCCGACGAGGCCAAGGCUGCGCUGGAGGUCGUCGAGGCGGAGCUGCAGCAGGCGCGCAGCGACCUGGCGGCCGCACAGGCGCGCGCCCAGACUGCAGAGGCUGCUGCCGCCGCCCCCGCCGACGCUCUGGCAGCAGCCACCACCACGAAUGCGGUGCCCGCGGCAGGUGACCCGCACGGCGCCGUGCAUGUGGCGCAUGACAGCAUGGACGAGGCUGAGCAGUCAGGGGAGAAGGGUUGGGAGGCACGGCGUCGCGCGCACGUGCGUGGCGGCGACGGCGGUGUGGCCACCAGGGCCACGCCGGGCCGCUUCAGCAGCCACGCAAGCCAGCGCUCCCAGCACAGCAUUGGCGCGGAGGGGGAGAAGGAGGCGGACGCGGGCCGCGCGCAAGAGGUCCCGCCCCGCAACCAGCGUUCCAGGCCCGGCCGUGGCAAGGAGGCCUCCAGUAAGGGUGCCGCCGGUAAGGAGGCCGCCAGCAGGCAAGCGUUUGGCGGCGAGCGAGGCGGCAAGGCGGAGGAUGGCGACGCGCACCUGGCCACCAAGACGCCCUUCAUCUCAGAGCACGACGCGGCGCGGCCAGGGCCACCUGCGGCGCCGCCCAGCACGGCGGCAGGGCUGCGCCCGCAGCACGGGGCCCUGAAGCGCAAGGCCCCAGAGCCCGAGGCGCCGCCCCGCGGGGUCGAUGACAUCCAGCCCGCCGCGAAGCAGCAGGCGCCGCAGGCGGCGGCGCGCGCGCGCGGCAUCGAGGCGCUCGGCGUCUUCAGCUUCGGCGGCCCCGACGGCUGCGACAGCGACGGCGGCCCGAGCGAGAGCGUCGCGCCCAGCGACAGCGAGGGCGGGUGCGUGGACCACCGGCGGCGCGACGAGCUGCUGGCGGCGCGCAGGGAGGCGAUGGACGCCAAGAAGCGCCGCCAGGAGGCGGCGGCGGCGCGCGGCACGAUGCCGCCGCCCGCGUCACAGCACCAGGCCCGCGGCGCGGUCGGAGCGCGGCGCGCCGACGGCGCUGGUGGCGGCGGCGGCGGCGGCGCCAACGGGCAGCAGAGGGCCAACUCCAGGGCGGCCGCGGCGGGCGGCGGCGCGCGGGGGGGCGGCCGCCUGUCUAGCAUGGCCACCAGCAUGGACACCACUACGAUGGAUGCUUCCCAAAUGACCCGCACGAGAGACACACAGCAGUGCCCCCCCAGGAAGAAGGCUGCCGGCGGCCGCGCGGGCCGCAUGGGCAACGGCACAGAGAGCACUGGCGCCGGCUCGGGCGGGGCGAGCGCGAGCGCGGGCCUGUGGGCGCCGCAGCAGCAGCAGCAGCAGCGCGGCCGUGAGCGCUCAGCGCAGCAGCAGGGCGGCAGGAUGAGGGGCGGCGCCGCGGCAGAGCACGGCGGCAAGGCAGCAGCGGGCGCGCACAAUGCCGCACAGAAGAACACGGCGGAGCAGAUUUUUGGCACACAGGUGGUCUGA